AUGGCGCACUCCAAGCGGAAUACCUCUCUUCCCCACUUCACCUCCUACGAGCGCGGUCUACUGCGCUCAACAUGGGGUACAAAACACAGCGCAAUCGGCCGCGACAGCUUCCUCGCCUUUGGCUCGUGCCGACUAUGUCUACAACCGGCGCGAGCACCCGUGGUCGCAUGCGCCAGCAAUGGUGACCUCUUCUGCCGUGAGUGCGCGAUCAACGAUCUCCUCUCGCAGCGCCAGGAGAUCAAGCGACUCGAAAAAGAGCGCGACGACGCGCGGAAACGCAUUGCGGAGGAUGAAGAGCGCUCGCUCGCUGAUAUGAAAGAAAGAGAUCUGAAGGAUUUCGAGCUUGUCUCUAUGGGGCUGGAGAAUAAGGGUGGUGCGGGUGUGGGGAAAAAGCGCAAGGCUGAGGAGUCGGAGGCUUUGGAGAAGUUUAAGGCGAGAGAGGUGGAGAUUGAUGGUAAGAGAAAGAGAGUCUUUGAGCUUGGCGAGGAGGAGAUGGCGCGGGUUGCUGCACAGGAGAUGGAUAGGGUGAGGAGGGAGUUGAAGAUGGAGAAGUCUGAAUCCAGCAAAUCGGCUCUCCCCUCCUUCUGGGUACCAUCUCUCACGCCGAAUACGGAUGCGAAUGAAAUAGCCGCUAACAAGGCUGUCAAAUUGACGCCUAUCUGCCCCGGCUCGACAGAUGAGAGUAAGCAUAGCUACUCGCUCAAGUCGCUUGUCGAGGUUCAUUUUACAGAAGAGAAGGCUUCGGACGGAACUGUAUCCAGGGUGUGUCCGAGUUGCAAAAAGAACUUGAGUAAUGGGCUCAAGGCGAUACUCACAAAGCCUUGCGGCCAUGUCAUAUGCUCUCCAUGUGUAACGAAAUUCAUGACCCCCCACGAACACCAUGUCCCCGAUCCACACGCCUCGAAAGAGGAGCAGGAGAAAACAGCUGCUCUGCAUGGCCAAGUUCUAUGCUAUGUCUGUGAGGCGGAUGUUACGGCCAAAUCAAAACCAGAUGGGAAUGGGAAUGGGACCAAGAAGUCUAAGAAGAAGGAUAAGGAUGCUAUCCAACCCGGUCUGGUGGAGAUAUCCUCCGAGGGAACCGGGUUUGCUAGCAAAGGUGGUAAUAUGGGGAAGAAGAACGGGGUUGCCUUCCAAUGCUGA